AUGGAUGCCAGUAUCCGAUCUCACGACGAUUAUACGGUCGGAUGGAUAUGCGCCUUGCCCGUGGAGACAGCGGCUGCGAAGCUAACGUUGGACAAAAUACACCCGCCUUUGCCUCGCCUGCCGAUGGACCAAAAUACAUAUAUUCUUGGAAGUAUCGGGGAACACAACAUCGUUAUUGCUAGCCUACCGACUGGCGCAUAUGGCAAUACAUCAACUGCAACGGUUGGAAUGCAGUUGCUGUCUAGUUUUCAUGCCAUCCGCUUCGGUUUUAUGGUUGGUAUCGGCGGUGGAGUACCAAGCAGCUAUGCAGACAUUCGACUAGGGGAUGUUGUAGUGAGCCAGCCGACUGACACUUCUGGAGGCGUGAUCCAGUACGAUUUAGGGAAAGCGCUAAGCGGCGGCCAGUUUAAGCGAACCGGGAUGCUUAAUCGGCCUCCUAAGGUUCUGUUAACCGCUCUCGCAACUCUCCAGGCACAUCACCUCACAAAAGAUAGCCGGAUCGUCGGCUUUGUUUCCAACCUGCAAGCCAAACUAGCGCCCCACAAAGCCACUAAAUUUACGCGACCGACGCAAGAGGACUCCCUAUUUCAGGCAGAAUAUGAUCAUAUCGCAUCCGAUACGUGUAUAAAUUGCGAUCGGUCUAAAUUAUUUCCACGACCUCCACGCGAGCACCAAGAUCCAGUAAUUCACUAUGGACUCAUCGGAUCUGCAAAUCAAGUUGUGAAGGAUGGCAGGUGGCGAGAUCAGCUGGCUCGGGACUUCGGUAUAUAUUGUGUGGAGAUGGAAGCGGCGGGACUUAUGAAUGACUUUCCGUGUCUGGUCAUUCGGGGCAUCUGCGACUACGCCGACUCACACAAGAAUAAGGAAUGGCAAGGGUAUGCGGCAGCGGUAGCGGUGGCGUAUGCGAAAGAGCUUCUCUUGGCCGUCCCAGUCGAUCAAGUUCACAGUGCCCCAAUAGCAUAUGACAUUCUAGCAGACUCUGAUGUGGGGCAAGAGAUAGGAUCUGUUGGAAGGUUGACCGCCAGGGAGGAGCAUUCGAUCUUGAUCAACAGCAGUGGAGGGGCGCAGACCAACAAUGUGAAUAGCGGCAGUGGUCAGCAACUCAACAACAACGCUCAUAUCGGAACUCAGUAUAUACAGUCCGUGACCUUGAAGCAGAAGCAAGAUUUUAACUUUCGUGGGCCCGUUGGCAUCUUACGCGGCCAAGCGCCUUACAUCGCGUCUGAACUCUUUAUCGGUCGCACCUACGAGCUUAAUGAGAUCGCAAGACUUCUACACCCUGAUCACAAGUCUCAAAAGCAAAGGCGUCUAGUCCUCGGUGGUAUAGGUGGUAUUGGCAAGACUCAGCUUGCGAUCGCCUACGCAGAGUCCGGUCUUGGUUCUUAUAGCUCGGUAUUCUGGCUUAACGCAGUAUCCGAGGCCACGUUGAAAGACAGUUUCCGAUCGAUAGCCAGCCUUAUCUUCGAUGUUGAGGAACCUGGAAUGUUAGAGGACAAAGAGAUCGUCAGACGUGUACAUCAGUGGCUAUGUAACCCUAAAAAUACUGUAUGGUUAUUGAUUCUUGAUAACUACGACGACCCCACCCAGUUUCGGAUUGACUACUACUACCCUCCCGCUUCUCAUGGGGCUAUUGUGGUCACCUCUCGACGACCAGAUCACGUUGCCGGGACCUCUCUUCACAUAAAGCCUUUUCAGAAUGUUGAAGAUAGCCUCGCAAUCCUACAAACCCGAUCAACACGAGAGAAUGUUCAAUCAGAUCCCCAUGCAACGCGCCUUGCAGAGCGACUUGCGGGUCUACCUCUUGCUCUAGCCACCGCCGGGACAUAUCUUCGGCGUAGUACCUUGACCUUCGAACGCUACCUUCAAGAGUAUGAGAAACGUUGGAACAUUAGCCCUCAUAGACCCCUACAGCUCCAGGAGUAUCAGGACCGUACACUCUACACAACUUGGGAUCUGUCAUACUCUCGCCUAGAAAAGGGAGAUCCUGACGCGGCGAAAUUACUGAGAUUACUCGCCUACUUUGAUAACCAGAUACUGUGGCAUGGGCUUUUUCAUGCUGGACUCACGGAUAGUUCUCCUGAGUGGCUUCGUGAAGUAAUCACAGAUGACGUGAAUUUUAAUGAAGUGAUGGGAGCCCUGGCCGAAUACUUUUUUCUGGACAGGCACCAGACGUCAGGCUCAUGGAGCAUGCAUAAUUGUGUGCACGACUGGACUUUAGCAGUACUCAACAUGGACAUACACGCAAACCAUUAUUGGUAUGCAUUUGACUGCAUUUCUGCGUCUAUAAAAUAUAACAAGGCAGAUCACUUUGCCAAUCAGUCUUACGCUGCCCUGGCUGCCCAUGCCAUGAGACUAACACGAGAGCGCUUGUGCACGAACGACGUCAUAUAUAAUAUUGCGCCUCAUCGACUCGACCAAGCUUCACUAAUUGCAAAUUUACUUCGAGAUCAAGUACUACUACUUGCUGCUGAUAAGAUGUACCAGUGGGCGCUAGUUGGGAAGGAGAGAGCACUCGGAGCGGAUCACGAAUCGACCCUUGAGACUGUUAACAAUCUCGGGAUUCUAUAUCGGAACCAAGGCAGGCUGGAACAGGCGGAGCAGAUGUACCAGCGGGCGCUAGCCGGGCGCGAGAAAGCUCUUGGAGCGGACCACACGUCAACCCUUCGCACAGUUAAAAAUAUUGGGAUUCUAUAUCGUCUCCAAGGUAGGCUAGAUCAGGCAGAGCAGAAACUCUACCAGGCACUAGCUGGAUGCGAGAAAGCACUCGGAGCAGAUCAUGUCUUAACUCUUGACACAGUCAACAAUCUCGGGAUUGUAUAUUGUGUCCAAGGCAAGCUGGACCAGGCGGAGCAUAUGUACCAGCGGGCGCUAGCUGGGCGCGAAAAAGCGUUUGGAGCAGACCACACGUCAACCCUAAAUACUGUCAACAAUCUUGGGAUUCUAUAUCGUGUUCAAGGCAAGCUAGACCAGGCUGAGCAGAUGCUCCAGCGGGCGCUGGCCGGAAAGGAGAAAGCGCUUGGAGCGGACCACUCGUCGACUCUUGAGACUGUCAAUAAUCUCGGGAUUUUAUAUCACGUCCAAGGAAAUCUAGAACAGGCGGAGCAUAUGCUGCAGCGGGCGCUAGCUGGGCGAGUAAAAGCGCUCGGAGCGGAUCAUAUUUCGACCCUUCGCACUGUUAACAACCUCGGGAUUCUAUGUUAUGCCCAAGGCAGAUUAAAUCAGGCGGAGCAGCUAUACCGGCAGGCACUAGCUGGGCGCGAGAAAGCGCUUGGAGCGGAUCACACCUCAACCCUUAAUACUGUCAAUAAUCUCGGGAUCCUAUAUCGUGUUCAAGGCAAGCUAGAGCAGGCGGAGCAGAUGCUCCAGCGGGCGCUAGACGGGCGCUUUCUCGCGCUCAGAGUAGACCACACGUCGACCCUUGACACUAUCAAGCAGAUUUAUCAGCGGGUGCUAGCUGGGUUCGAGAGAGUGCUCGGAGCGGACCAUAUGUCGACCCUCCGCAUUGUCAACAAUCUCGGGGCUCUAUAUCGAGCCCAAGGAAAGCUUGACCAGGCAGAGCAGAUGUACGAACAAGCGCUAGCUGGGUUCGAGAAAGUGCUUGGAGCGGAACAUAUGUCGACGCUCAGCAUUGUCAACAAUCUCGGGGCUCUAUAUCGAGCCCAAGGAAAGCUUGACCAGGCAGAGCAGAUGUACGAACAAGCGCUAGCUGGGUUCGAGAAAGUGCUUGGAGCGGAACAUAUGUCGACGCUCAGCAUUGUCAACAAUCUCGGGAAUCUAUAUCGGGACCAAGGAAAGAUGGACCAGGCAGCGCGGAUGUACGAACAGGCGCUAGUUGGGUUCGAGAAAGUGCUCGGAGCGGAUCACACGUCGACCCUCGACACUAUCAAUAAUCUCGGGGUACUAUAUCAAGACCAAGGGAAGCUAACCCAGGCAGAGCCGAUGCACCAGCGGGCGCUAGCUGGGUUCGAGAAAGUGCUCGGAGCGGACCAUAUGUCGACCCUCCGCAUUGUCAACAAUCUAGGGCAUCUACAUCGGGACCAAGGAAAGCUGGACCAGGCAGCGCGGAUGUACGAGCAGGCGCUAGCUGGGUUCGAGAAAUUACUCGGAGCGGACCAUAUGUCGACGCUCAGCAUUGUCAACAAUCUGGGUGUUCUAUAUCGAGCCCAAGGAAAACUGGACCAGGCAGAGCCGAUGCACCAGCGGGCGCUAGUUGGGUUCGAGAAAGUGCUCGGAGCGGACCAUAUGUCGACCUUCCGCAUUGUCAAUAAUCUCGGGAAUCUAUAUCGGGACCAAGGAAAGAUGGACCAGGCAGCGCAGAUGUACGAGCAGGCGCUAGUUGGGUUCGAGAAAGUGCUCGGAGCGGACCACACGUUGACGCUCAGCAUUGUCAACAAUCUCGGUGUUCUAUAUCGAGCCCAAGGAGAGCUGGACCAGGCAGAACAGAUGUACAAGCGGGCACUAGCUGGGUUCGAGAAAGCGCUCGGAGCGGACCAUAUGUUGACCCUCCGCACUGCCGGAAAUCUCAGGAAUCUAUAUCGGGACCAAGGAAAGAUGAACCAGGCAGCGCAGAUGUAG